UUUACAGAUACACAUUAGGUGAUAAUGAAUGAGUUCGCAGGCUAGAAAAUCCGCGUUCGUUAUUUUAAGAACGGAAUUUAUUUUUGACACAACUGAGAUCGACUCUGUGCUAAACGGUUGCAUUGGCGAAGGUGAACAAGACGACCCCAAACUAUAAAUACUGAUACAGAGACUCAUUUUUGAGAUUAUUUCAUGUUUUGUCGAAGACACACUACGCGCUUCGUUCUUAGUUUGACCAAUGGCAGCUGAAAAGGUGGACCCAGCGAUACGAGAUGGCUGCAAAGAACUGGUUUUUGACAGUUCCCAACUGCAAGAACUGUCAAAACGCUUCCUCGCCGACGUCCACAAGGGCCUCAAAAAACAAACCCAUCCCAGCUCCAUCGUCAAGUGCUUCGUGACCUACGUCCAAGACCUCCCCAAUGGAUCAGAAAAGGGCAAAUUCCUAGCCCUCGACUUAGGCGGCACCAACUUCCGCGUCCUCUUAAUCGAACUAAGCAAAGACCACUUCGAAAUGCGCUCAAAAAUCUACGCCAUCCCCCAGCACAUCAUGCUGGGCUCAGGCGAGCAACUCUUCGACCACAUCGCCGACUGUCUAGCCCAGUUCAUGAAGCAGGAGCAAGUCAUGAGCGAGACGCUACCCCUAGGCUUCACCUUCAGCUUCCCUUUGACCCAAAAAGGACUCACUAAGGGCUACCUCGAGCGCUGGACCAAGGGCUUCAACUGCUCCAACUGCGUCGGGAACGACGUGGUGCAGCUGCUCAAGGACGCCAUCGCCAGACGCGGGGACGUUAAAAUUAAAGUCUGUGCCAUUCUUAACGACACAACGGGAACUCUGAUGUCUUGUGCCUGGAAAAACCCCUAUUGCAGAAUUGGGCUUAUUGUGGGAACUGGGAGCAACGCGUGUUACGUAGAAAAACAAAAAAAUGCCGAAUUGUUCGACGACGCAGACAAAGGCUCUGGAAACGUGUUAAUAAACCUGGAAUGGGGGGCCUUCGGGGACGACGGAAGUCUGGACUUUAUAAGAACCGACUACGAUCGUGACGUAGACACAAAUUCAGUAAAUCCAGGGAGACAAUUACACGAAAAAAUGAUUUCUGGAAUGUACAUGGGAGAAAUCACUCGACUAGCUCUGGAGAAAUUCACCAAACAAGGUCUCCUGUUCGGGGGUAAAGGAUCCGAAGCCUUAUUCACCCGCGGGAAAUUCUACACCAAAUACGUAUCCGAAAUCGAGGGUGACCCACCCGGAACCAUCACCAGUUGUAAAGACAUACUAGUAGAAGAAUUGGAUAUUCCCCACGCCACGGACCAGGACUGCCACAACGUGAGGUACGUCUGCGAGUGUGUAAGUCGGAGGGCUGCGGAUUUGGUUUCCAGUGGGAUAGCCACCCUUUUGAAUAAAAUCAACGAGCCGAGGGUCACUGUGGCUAUCGAUGGGUCGGUGUAUAGAUACCAUCCGCAUUUCCAUAAUCUCAUGAUGGAGAGGAUUUCCACGAUGAUUAAUCCGGGAAUUAAUUUCGAUUUAAUGCUGUCUGAGGAUGGGAGUGGACGUGGGGCGGCGCUGGUGGCGGCGGUGGCGUCUCGGAUUGAGCAACAGCAAAAAAAAUGACGUGAAUUGUAGUUAGUUUGAAUUAGUUGUGGAUGAUUCGAAAACUGUGUGGCAUGACUUGAUUCGUUGUAAUAGUAAGGUUCCUAAUGUCUAGACCAUUUUGUAGAUCAUUUUUAUGUGAUUAAUAAAAGAUAAUUUAUUAUU